UGAGGGGUCCUUCUUGGAUAACACAACGAUCGAUUCUGAGUUGCUAUCUCCGAAUAUAUCCAUUCGUUUAAUGCUCGUUUUAAAGUAAUUAUUCUGUUUUCCGUUUCAAACAACCAGGGAAACGAGAUCAACUUCGAAGGAAGUUUAGUGUCGUAGGACUCCAUAAAACGCCAAAAUGACGGACAAGGCUGCCGCUGUCAAGGAAGCCCCGAAGAUGGGCCCGCAGAACGUAUUCUAAAUCUAAAUUUUGAUCUAUCUGAUUAUGGCCCGCGUUGUUGGGUGGGGAAAAUAUCAGAAUUUUUGCAGAUCUACGUUAAGGAAAUGAUAGCAGCUCCUUGGAUGAGUCACUAGUUGAUUUCUAAGAAAGAAUUUUUGUGUCUGGCAUAGGUAAGGGCUUUGUAAAUAUCACCGGAGCGCCUCGUGUAGUUUUUGAUGUCUCUUUCACAGAACUUCAUUUUCGACAAAUUUUUAUCUUCCCCAACCCUUAAAAUUUCCCUUAAAAUUUCCAGGUCGCCUCGGGGGAGGAUGUUUUCGGUGUUGUGCACAUCUACGCUUCUUUCAACGAUACCUUCAUCCACGUGACGGAUGUGUCUGGUCGUGAGACUUUCUGCCGUUACACCGGUGGUAUGAUGGUCAAGGCGGAUCGUGACGAGUCCUCUCCGUACGCAGCAAUGCUUGCCGCGCAGGAAGUCGUCAAGCGAUUGAAAGAUCUCGGUAUUUUCAACUGAAUGUUGGUAGACGUGGGUUCAUGUGCAGUAGUAGAUUGCCGCGUUUCAGAAAUGAGAGCUUGCUUUGUCAAUUUUUUCAGGCCUUUUCGGCCAAAGUGUCUGUAGACGUUGAUGUCGUGCAAAGGGUGUAUCUAAAGUUUGUGGAGAAAUAUCAGGUUGCGAAACAUAGACAUCUCGCGUUGCAAAUUUCGAAAAAACGCUUUACCAUCUAUCAUCAUCUUCUUCUUUUUUUCUUUCUCAGGCGUCACCGCUGUUCACGUCAAGCUCCGCGCCACCGGUGGUGUGAAGAGCCGAUCCCCGGGUCCGGGUGCUCAGCACGCGCUACGUGCGCUCGCCCGUAACGGUUUGAAGAUCGGUCGUAUCGAGGAUGUCACUCCGAUUCCUCACGAUACCACCCGCAAGGCUCACGGUCGCCGUGGUCGUCGUUUGUAGGUGGAUCCAAAAUUACAGAAAGGAUGGAGAGAACGGCAUAUGGGAUUCUAUUAUUUGCUUGUUUUGGUGCGGCGGCCGGAUAACUUUGUCCAUCUCACGGUAAAUCUGUGAAGGACUGGAAAAUGGAAGCCUAGGAUUGUGAAGGUCCUCCACUUUUUCGUGGAGGAGAUUUUAUCAGUUGAGCAAUCUUGUCGAUUUCCAAAAAACAGCAAUGGACAGAGUCCUUCCGCGAUGAUGGAUCUGUAUGCGUGUAAUUGCUCCAAUAAGUUGACGCGUUGGUGGAGACUACUUCAAAUGUUCUUGACCAGGCCUUUCAGCCUCCGCGGAUCGUGAAUCGUGUGUUCGAGCGGUAUUUCUUCGCGGGUUGUGCCUCUGAUCUCGAAACUAUGCAUCAAGAGAAAUGCUAUGAGAGCAGAUGUCAUCAAACAUAUACUCGUACUGAGAAAGUCCCAAGUACGAGACGACGGGAAAAUUUCUCCAGUCUACUGCGCCGGUGCCUCUUUUCGAGCCCCCGCAGCAAAUGGUCCCGCAGCCACAACUUUUGGCACCGUGGUAAGCGCUAGGGAGAAUAAUGGGCUGAUUGACCCCUUUUUGUUGUUGAAAGUGAUUGCUGAAGCGUCGUUGUUGUGGCCUUUCUGUACGAGAAAGAACGAUCAUUACUUUUCCAGAGUAUAUUGCUCGUUGUUUACGAAGUGUUUUUUUCCUGAAUUUUACACCUGUUUUUCUGUAAUAUCUCCUAUCUUUCAACGUCAUGUAUAAUGAACUACAGUGAUCAUCAAGAAAAUAGAUCAUAUACAUCUCUCUGGGUUGCAACUUUUAACUUAAUUUAGUUUGAGAGCUGGAGCAGGCAAU